AAAAAUGAAAAAUGAUCCUGUAAAUAUGAUUAAUCAAUCGAUGAUUGUGUAUCGAAACAUGAUUGACAAAUUUUUAUCUGAUAUUCGCCACGGGGGCGGUGCCACAACGUUUACAUCCGGUCGUUGUUAAACGCUUUUUGCAAGCAUUUUAAUUUUGAAUAAAGUGAAAAACAUAAACAAAUGAACAGAAAAGACGUUUAUUUCAAAAAAUAUUGCGACAAAAAACGUUUUUGACAAGUGAAAAGAUAAAAAAAAGAAAAAAAUUAAAAUUAUUUUUAUUCAUAAAUGACGUUUUUUGGGAAAAAUUUCCGAAACUAUCGCUCUCAGCAAAAUUUUCUAAGAUUUUUCUAUGCUGAUUCAGGCAACUAUACGUAAAUUUUACGUACAAGCUUUUACGCCUGAGCUUAUAGAUAACAGAUAAAAGGCAAAAACUGGGUCUUUUCUAUUUCUAAAGGUGUAGAAAUAUAUUCUUGAGGAAUAGAAAGGGGUUCCAGCUGUCUUAGCAUCGUGAGUGUUUUUUUGGAACAUUUUGAAGUGCAAAAAGCAUAAAUUUUACGUAGGUUACCUUUCUAGGGUUAAUAUGAUGAAUAUACCGAUAAUGGCAACGAUAAUGGUCGCAUAUCAUUGGAUGGAAUAUUAUCAUUUUCGAUUUCUAACGACAAUUAUUAGCCCGAUAAUAGCAAUAUUUAUGCGUGUGUUUGGUGAAACAAUUGUGCAAAGAGAAACCAUUGAUCAGAUUCUAUUUGGACGAACGAUUAAUGCUUUGAAUUUUUUACAAUCCAUCAAUGGAUUUGUCAGAACUUUAAUACCGAUAAUACCGGAUUUUCAUGAAAUGAUUUCAAAUUUUGGCGAUUUUCAUCUAUUGAAUAAUUCAUUUAGCCUAAUUGAUUUGAUAUCGUCAAAAGAAUUUGGUCCAUUUGAAUAUUAUCGUUAUGACAAGAUUGGCCACCAUCGUAUGCAUCAAGCUAAAACGGCUAUGGGUAAAAGUUAUUUUGAUUUUUUUCAAGAACCAUGUAAUCAAAUGGGUGGACAAGAUAUUCAAUUUUUUGGCAUCAAAGAUCAAGGCGAAUGGAAUGAAUUAUUUUUACAGCCAUUUUGUCGCCGUUUACCAUUUCAUAGAAAGAGUAAAGAAUGGAUACGUGGUGUUAGUGGCGUAAAAUAUGAAAUAUGGACCGAUAUGUUUAAUAUGAGUAUUGUUGAAAAUCAAUGUUAUUGUUUCAGUGGUCGAUCAUUAAACGAUUGUGAUGGAUAUUCCGAUUGUUCAGGCACAUAUGCUGGUGUUGCAUUUGCAUUAACAUUACCACAUUUUAUUGGAUCACCUGGUUUAGCGAAAAAAAUCUAUGGAUUACGGCCAAAUCCAGAUAAACAUUUAUCAAUAAUGUGGCUUGAACAAUAUUUGGGAAUACCAAUUGAUGUACAAUUAGCAUUACAAUUUAAUUGGCCAUUACAUCAUCUACCAUCGAUUGGUAGUUUAUCCAAUAUACGGCGAUGUAUAUUACCAUUAGGAUGGUUCAAAGGUCAUGGACGUUCUUUUGGAAUAUUACAUGUUGGCUUAAUGAUAUUAUCAUUCCUAUUAAAGUAUGGACAAUUAUUAUUGGCAAUCAUUUCAGCAUUAAUGGCCAUCAUGUGUAUUAUCAUGCAUUAUUAUCAACAUCAUAAUGAUGAUUUUGAAAGA